AUGGUGGUCUUCCAACAUGAAGGCAAGCAACGAGUGCCGAGCAAAACGGGCACAUGGCACGUCCACGAAGUUCAUUUGAACGGAGACCACACAAGAUAUGUGUGUCAUCACAGCGACGUGUUGCCAUCCGCGUUGCUGACGCGCAUUGCGCUACCAACGGCCAUCGACGGAAUCAAACGAUUUGAGGCACAAGCGGAAGGCCACGACGACAGCGACAAGUUGAUUUUUGGCGGGUACUUUAUGCUCGUGGAUUAUGCUCACGAAACGUCGGUCGUUCCUGCCCUCGACUCGAUGUGCUCACUGCGGGUAACUUGCCGACUGCACGUCCACGGCGCUGGCUUUGGCGUCACGUGUCGGUAUGCGCAUUCCGAGUACGAACUCGGAUGGAUCCUCAAGGACGCGGCGACGGGUCUCAUGAUUGGAUUCGUGUACGAUGGAUCCGAAUACGUCGUCGGCACCGAGCGAAUCCUGCUCCCCGCCGGGCAUGACGCGGUUGCAGAUGUGUCUCAGACAGUUGAGUUUCUUGCCCCGCGACGCCAGAACCAUCCGUCAGACCUUAACACACGCGGGUCACCACGCGCGUAUUUGCUUCGAGGCUAUGGGGACACGGAAGCCUCGAAGAAAAUGGCCGUGGCGCGCGAAAGCGCGGCCGACUACCACGACGACGACGACUGGUUGAUUGGGGUGGGUACUUCCGUCUGGUGGACGCUGCGAAUUGCACCGCUGGUCCCUGCAUUGGCCUCGUUGUACAACCUGUGGUCGAGCCAUCGACUGGACUAUACGGAACUGUAG